AUGGUACCCACAUUUGUUGAUCUCUUUUGCGGAAUUGGCGGCUUCCGCAUAGGCCUUGAAGACGCUGGCUUCGAAUGUGUCUAUGCAAACGAUAUCGAUCAGAGGGCUGUCGAUGUGUACAAAAAGAAUCGACCGGCUGGUGCGAACUAUCCGGUCGAGUGCGCGGAUAUUCGGGAAAUUUUCGCCGAGAGACCAGACAAUAUUCCACACCACCAUGUUCUUGCAGCAGGAUUCCCAUGCAACCCUUUUACUCCACGAGGACGACUUCUAGGCGAGUUGGAUCCAAGAUAUGGCGACCUGGGAGGAUAUGUUGUCAAGGUGGCAGCGCUGAAACGUCCCGUCGUCGUUCUUCUCGAAAAUGUGCCGGGAUUCUUUGCUCGUGGGCGACCUUACUACGAAAGUCUGAAAGAGAAGUUUGAUCAAGCUGGCUAUAGCUGCAACUAUCACGUCUUGCAGGCCUGGGCGUUCGGUCUCCCGCAAAAUCGCAACCGCGGCUUCAUCGUUGCGAUCCGGAAGGACGUGCAUGAAACUCCUUUUGGUUUUCCUGAGAUACCUGAGGGAGAAGGGGUCACAUUACGAAACUCACUCCUCGCUGCGGAUUCAGUGGAACUGGAUUCUGUAAAGAAAUACAACGUCAAGGACUUUCAGAUGGCAUGGAAGAUGCCGUGGCUUAAUGAGUAUGCGUUGGAUCAUACAGUCGACAAGGCCGGGAAGACUCUGGCGAUGGCGACUACUGCAAGACUCAUGAAAGUUGGAGAGGAAAAGGGGAACCCCAACUGGUCAGGUUGCGCAGUGUAUCACGACCUUGGGUGCCACCCUACCGUCAAUACAGGUAUGCACGAUUCGCAAGCCUGGAUUCUCACGCCAGGCACCGCCGCCGAAGGUUCAGUGAUUCGCAAAUUACACCUACGCGAGCUGUACAGGAUCCAGGGAUUCCCAGACAGCUUCAAACUCGACCACGGCAAGAUGGCCGCACACAAGCAAAUCGGCAAUGCCGUACCGCCUGCAAUGGUCGGGUGGAUGGGCAAGAUCCUGAUGGAACGGUAUCAGCAGGCAUUUCUCAGCGACGAUCGCGCCGCCUCGAAGGAAACCGACAGCCGCGAUUCGAGCCAUGAGGAAGGAGACCCCUCAGGCUCGCCCGAGACCGCUCGGAAAGCACGGAGCAGCCGUCAAACGUGCCGGAGGAGAAGGUGCUCUUCAAGCUCAGCCGAGGCGACUUCGAAGACACGCAACAGCCGAAAUUUGAAGAAAAGAGACCGCUCCUCAGGCUCAGUCGAGGAAGCUCCAUCUAAGCGUCGGAACCGGCGGAGAACUCCGAGUCCGGACCUUUAG